AUGGCGGGAGCUGCUAGUGCUGCGAACGCUGCUGCCGCCUGUGGGACCGCCUCCAACGGUGCUGCUGGCAAAGGUGGUGCGGGGGGGCCUGAUCCGAAGGCUGCCCGAGUUUCGGACGUCUCCGGCGAGGAGCUGCGCACCAUCUUGACGGGCAUGAACCGCGUGCAGCUGGCGAUUGCAGCCACCCCAGGCAUGCAGGCACGACUUGUUGCUUUUGGAGAUCGCAUUGGUGCCCUCGAGGCCCGCAUCGACGCUGAACCUGAGAAUGGCAACACCGCAAUGAGGUCCGAGAGCGCCGAGCUGCUAAAGGAUGUCGUCGAGCGCCUCGGCAAGCUGGAGGAAUGCCGCAGCUGGGGCUUCAGCUUCAAUACUUCGCAUUCCAUUACUUUCCCGAACUCCCACCCCGCGAAGCCGAUCUUGUCCAAGGUCAAUGACGAUGGCCUGCAGUGUACGGAUCCCGCGAGCCAGAGGCACUUCCUGAGGGCGAAGCCCGACACCCCAGGGAACAUCCGCGAGGCCAACCUCGGGCUGGCUUCCCCGACCCCGAGGUUCAAGUUGGCCGAUGUGGGAAGUAGCUUGUGGCUGAUCUUGGGCAAGGGUGCCAGUGUGCUAAAGUAUCAGACCAGGAAGCCGAGCGCACGGCUGCGGCGGAGUGCCGCGGCGGACGCGCGGGUGAAGAGCCUCACGCAGGGCCUCAGCGGCGCGCUGCUCUUGCUUGCGCUCAAGCUGGGCUCCUGGGUCAGCACAGGUGCCAGCACCCCGGGCGGGCGCCUCGGCGCAGAGAUGGAGACGUGGCGACAGGGCCAGUGGCAGUGGAGGCAGUGGCAGUGGCAGCCCGGGGCCCAGUUGGCAGUGGAUGCGGUGCAGGGGGUGCUGCGGUGUGCCAGCUCCCUCGGGCUCGCCAACUGCGUGGGCAUGGAGGCUGCGGACGUGGUGCAGCACGAAGCCACCGCCACGCUGCAGAAGAUGCUGGACGCUGCUGAGGCGGAGGCUGCGCCUGCGAAGCGGGGAUGCUUGGUCGCGGCUGCCGGGCUCGCCAGCGCGUGCCUGGACUUGGUGGAGGCUGUAGAUUUGGACCUGGCAGCCAAGAUGGACGAGUGCUUCCAGGAGGGCCGACUUGUUGUCUGGGGCUUCAGUGUCGGUGUCGCCGAGGCUGUGGCCUUCAGCCUUGCGGCGGUGGUGGGCGCCGCAGCCUCCAGCGAGGCUGACCUCCAGGAUGCUGAAGCGGCGGCCUGCCUCGAGAAGCUUUGCCUGGACGUGGACUGUAUCUCGAUGCAUGUCUUUGGCGGCCUCUGCCGCAUGGACGCUGUGGACGGGGAAGAGGCAAGGCUGGUGCAUGCGUUUCAGUGCAUAUGCGUUUGGUCACUUGCAUUAGUGUUUCACUUCACCAACCGAGGCGAGCUCACCAGCGAGGCGCUCUGGGAGUGGGCAUCGGGCGAUCCCACCUGGGCUCUUGUGCUCGCCAAGGGAGUGCUGUUGUAUGACCCAUCAGGCCAGCCGGAUGCGGCUUUGCCGGUGCCUGAACACUUGGCUUUUCUCAGGGAAGCUGUGGUCGCAGCCUCGACUGGCCUGUGCGCGCCCGCCAUUGCCUUCAGGGAUGAGCUGGACGCAGAUGUCAUCGUGGUGAGGCUGUGGCAGCGCAGCGUGGGCCUGGCUCUGCACCGUGCCCGCCUUGCCGUGGCGGCCAGCGACAGCAGCUUCCUCUGCGCCGUGCUGCGGGGGGCGCUGCAGCGCGACGGGGCCAACGCCUCCUGUCUGCCAGCUCUCGCCUCCUUCCUCGCCUCCCUGACCAAGAGCGCGGACCACCUCUUCAGCCUGGCAGAGGCGCAGGGCGUCGCGGACGCCUUCUCGGAAGAGGUCUGCGUGCACAGCUCCGCGCUCUGGGGCCUGCUGUCGGAGGUGCCGCGGGGCUGCUCUGCUCCGACGGGCGCCCGCUUCCUCGUGGACUGCGCGAGCCUCGCCUUCGCGGCGCCGCCGUGCCACGAGGCCUGCGCGGAGUUCCUGCGGGGCUGCUUCGAGGGCUUCGCGGGGCCGGACCUCGACCCGUCGCGCCUGGCCCCGCUGCUGGCCCUGGCGGUCAACGCCGGCCUUGCGCCCAGAGGCGGCGACGCUCUCGCGGGGGCGCUGGGCGCCCUCGCGCCGGAACAGCGAGGCCGGGUGGCGGAGCGCCUGGGCCGCUGCCGCAUCCCUUUGCGGCCUUCCGCGGUGCAGCCGCUCUGGGCAGCACCCCCGCCCGCGCGCUCGGGGCCCGAGGCGGCCCCGGCAGCGGGGGCACGCCGCCCAGGGCUGCGGGAGAUCCUGGGCGGGGCGCCCGCGGAGCUUUGCUGCAGCCUGGACGGCAGGCUCCUCCGCGCCGGCCUCGCGCGCGCGCUCGCGGCCGCGCCGGGGCGCUGCCCGCUCUCGGGGCUGCCGCUGGCCCUGGAGGACUGCUGGCGCGACGGCGGCCUGCGCGCGAGGGCGGCGCGGUGGGUGCGCGAGGCGCGGCCGAGGCAGCAGCCUCCGUGA